UGGCGGCCAGCCCUGAUGUCCGCACUGAACACGCGGGAGGCUCCUGGAUACAUCAAUGCUGUGUUUGUGAAUUCCAACAGUAAGGAAGACAUCCUGAUCGCCACCCAACUACCCAUGAGGCAGACGCUGGUCGAUUUCUGGGCGCUGGUCUGGGAUUAUAAAUGUACAGUGAUGGUGAUGAUGCAGAGAGCUCAGGACCUGCAUGAGAACGGUUGCUGUUUCUUCCCACAUAAAGGAGAGGCCAGUUACGGGAUGUACAAGGUCAGGAUGACCUCAAGGACUUCUAGGAAUGGAUUUACAGGCUUUAAGUUCAGCUUGAGGAAGGCCAAAGAGACCUAUGACAACAUCCUGAAGGUGAAGCUGUGGUGCUUGGACUCCUGGCCCUUGGACAAACCUCUCCCGAAGAAUCCAUCAGGCUUCAUCAGCCUACUUGGAGAGGUGGAGAAGCACCAGUUGACU